AUGUCCCCGUCCCGCGUGCCCGGCAUCUGGGCCCUGCUGCUCCUUCUCCUGUCCCGCGCCCCCCCCGCCCAGCCCAGCGUGGACACCUCCUUCAGGGACUGCUCCCGCUUCCUGUACAAGAAGCAGCCGCCGACGGGCGUGCACGGCAGGGGCCUGCAGUGGAUCUGCCAGCACUACGAGGGCACGCCCCGCUACGCCACCCUGUACGACCCGGCCAAGAGGAUCCCCCUCUACUCCGCCUACACCUUCAAGAGGUCCAGCGGGGAGAGGAGCGUGGGCCUGCCGUGGAUGUACGAGCCGCAGCUCUCCAAGGCGUCCAGCACAGGCAACAUGCUUCCCUUCCCACAGGGGGAGGGCGAGCCGCAGCUGCAGGAGAGCCAGGCGGUGCUAGCGGACUACGCGGACGCCGUGCUGUACGAGCGCGGCCAGCUCAACCCGGACGAGCACCAGGCCUCCCCCAGCGACAAGGCCGCCACCUACACCCUGACCAACGUGGUUCCGCAAGCCAAGGAGUUCUACCAGACCCAGUGGGCCCCCUUCCUGGACAGGGUCCGGCAGCGCCUCAACAACUACUGCCGCGGCACGCCAUUCGUGGUGGCCGGCGUCACCACCACGGGAAACACCAUCCGCAAGGACAAUCUGGACCGCGUGGCCAUCCCCAGGUACGUGUGGCUGGCUUACUGCUGCCCGGACUUCGACCCCAACGCGCCCUACGAGAUCCGCUACAAGCUCCCGUCCUACGCCGCCUACGGCCUCAACGAGCUCGUCAGCAACUCCGUCACGGAGGUGUCGUCCAAGAGGCUGGAGGCCCUGAUCAAGAGGGAGAUGCCUGUGGACCAGGACUUCCAGCUGUUCUACGACAACUGCAUCCCCGAAGUGUGACUUAUAUUCGUUUGUCAGGCCUCGGGGGUCCUGGCUAGGAAAGCACAGGGAGCCAUUUCGUGUGGCCUGGUUUUGAAUGUGCUCCAUGUCUCAUCUCCCUCCCUUUGA